UCACAGCCCAUCGUGUGCCUGCCUGCUUCACCCCACACCAGAGCCGCCGGUUUUGGUCUCUCUCCGGCGAGCGGCGACUCGUCCCUCGGUGACUUGGCGCGGCGGACGCAGGAGGAGAGAGAGGAUGAGGGCCGUUGUGCAGCGCGUCCUCUCGGCCAGCGUUGAGGUGGAGGGGCGAGUAGUGUCGGAGAUCGGCCCGGGAAUCCUCGUGCUCGUCGGCGUCCACGAGGCCGACACCGACUCCGACGCCGACUACAUGUGUCGGAAGGUCCUGAAUAUGAGGCUAUUUCCUAAUGAGAAGACUGGGAAAGCAUGGGAUCGAAGUGUUAUGCAGCGUAGCUUUGAAGUCUUAUUAGUCAGUCAGUUUACCUUAUGUGGAAUCCUGAAGGGUAACAAACCAGAUUUUCAUGUGGCUAUGCCACCUGCAAAAGCAAAACCAUUCUAUGUGUCUCUAGUUGAGAAGUUUCAGAGGUCAUACUCCAUUGAUGCAGUGAAAGAUGGCGUUUUUGGAGCAAUGAUGAAGGUUUCUUUGGUAAAUGAUGGCCCAGUGACAAUGCACGUCGACUCACCCUCACUGCAAGACGCUGCUCAGUCAAGCAAUGGUGAUGAUGGUUUGGUUAGAGAUGGUGAAGAAAGAUUACCUAAACAGACAUGUUAAAUCUCUAUGACUGGGUCUCCUGCCCACCUACGCAUGAUUGGACCCUCAUGCAGAAUUUUGUGUUUCGGGUCAAGGUUGGAGCUGAAAGAAGCCUCCUGAUACGCUAUCACUGUGAGCACUGUAACUUGUGCUUCCAAAAGACACGUUGAUUACAGAGGAAAUAUUGGAUCAUAAUUUUUCAUAUGAAAUGGACAGACUGAAAAUGCACAUGACCACAUGAGCUUGUCUCUGGUCAAUAAUGUAAUUUCUGGAAUCAUGUAGCUGAAGUAACAAUCCUUAUGCAUCAUGAUGAUCUGCGACUUAAAUCAAUAAUCAUGGAUGAAGAUCAUCUCUCAUCAAGA